AUGGUAACUUCAUUUUCACAUACUAUGAGCUUUAUUGUCUCUAUCUUCACCAUUUUCCUCACCUUUCAAACAGUAAAAACCCAAAAUGUAACCCGAGGUUCUUCUUUGACGCCAACUGGUGCCACAACUUCAUGGUUGUCGCCAUCAGGACUAUACGCCUUUGGUUUCUAUCCACAAACACGUGGCUAUGCUGUUGGUGUAUAUAUUGCCGGAAUUCCAGAAAGAACUGUGGUCUGGACAGCCAGCCGUGACCACCUUCCAAUCUCAAAUAAUGCUACUUUACGGUUCACAAUUGAUGGAGGGCUCACCUUGGACGGAACACAGGGCCAAGAAAUCAAUAUAUAUGAUAUUAGCGGUGCUUCUUUUGCUUCCAUGCAAGAUAACGGCAACUUUGUGCUCUAUGAAGGGACAACGGUACUAUGGCAAAGCUUUGACCAUCCUACCGACACCCUUUUGACUGGGCAACGUCUUGCUAAUGGCCAAACGCUGAUUUCAAGUGUCUCUGAGGCAGACCAGUCCACAGGUGUCUUUAAGCUCAGAAUGCAAAGUGAUGGGCACCUCGUGCAAUACGCUAUGACAGGAACUCCAGAUUAUAUUGGUAGUUUUUAUUGGGGCUCUGGCACACAAGGAAAUGGACCUAAUGUGACACUAAAUCUUGAUUCGGGUGGUUUUCUCUACUUGUUGAAAAAUUCAACUUUUCUAAUUAGGAAUCUAACCCAAGGAGGUUAUCCUAGAGAUAGGGCAAUCUAUCGAAUGAAAGUUGAUGUGGAUGGGAUCUUUCGUUUGUAUUAUCAUGAUCUACGAGAUAGGGGCAAAAAUGGAUCAGUCAUAUGGGCAUCAUCGGAUAACAAGUGUGCAGGGAAGGGUCUUUGUGGUGUGAACGGGUACUGUUCCAUCAUUAAUGAUGCUGCCCGAUGUCAAUGUUUGCCCGGGUUUGAAUUUGUCAACCAGGAGUUUUGGAGCUUGGGUUGCAAAAGAAACUAUACCAUAGAAAACUGCAAGAUUACUGAUGCAGGUAAGGCUUUCCAGAUGGUGCCUUUAAAUCACGCACGAUGGGAGGAAGCCACUUAUGCUAUUCCAGAAGCAUCAACUCAAGAAGAAUGCUCACUUGCUUGUUUAAACGACUGCAACUGUGAAGUGGCCCUGUUCACAGAACGAGAAUGCAGGUUGCAGAGGCUCCCUUUAAGAUUCAUUGAAGUAGCUGAGAGUGAGUCGAAUGUUGGAUUAGUUAAAGUAUACACUUCCUCUGUAAAUAAUGGAUCGGAUACAUGUAAUCCAUCAACACGUGUUAAGAAGGUGCGGCAAUUGAAGAUCUUGGUUAUCGGUGUUUCACUCAUCUCAUUCGCCGUACUCAUUUUGCUGCUUGCUGGUGUAUUAAUCUUCUGUAGAAAUCAUGUUUUCGCAUACAAAAAAGUAUCUGUUAAUCAUAAUGUCCAAUUAUUCGAUGACAUUGGGCCGCGAACAUUUUCUUAUGGUGAAUUAGAGAGAAUAACAGAUGGUUUUAAAGAAGAGGUGGGUAGGGGAUCAUUUGGGAUAGUUUACAAAGGUAUCAUUGAAAGCUCAAAGAAGGCGGUGGCCGUGAAGAAACUAAAGAAAGAGUUUGCUCAACAAGGAGAAAGAGAGUUUCAAACGGAAACAAAAGUGAUCGGGAAAACUUAUCACCGUAACCUCGCAAGGCUGCUUGGUUAUUGCUGUGAAGGUUCCGAAAGGCUGUUGGUUUUUGAGUACAUGACGAACGGAUCACUUGCAGAUAUACUUUUUGAACCCAAAGCAAGCAAACCAAAACCAUGUUGGAUGGAGAGAAUUCAGAUGGCGGUUGAUAUUGCGCGUGGAAUCCUUUACCUGCAUGAAGAAUGUGAAAUGGCGAUAAUUCACUGUGACAUAAAGCCACAAAACAUCCUCAUGGAUGAGUAUGGAUGUGCCAAGAUUUCCGAUUUUGGAUUGGCAAAACUACUACAACAUGAUCAAACUAGAACAUCCACAUUGAUAAGAGGCACAAGGGGUUAUGUUGCGCCAGAAUGGUACAAGAAGCAACCCAUAACAGUUAAAGUGGAUGUGUAUAGUUUUGGAAUUGUCCUGUUUAGUAUUCUAUGCGGUAGGAAGAAUGUCGACAAUAGUCUUCCUGUUGAGGAAGCUAUCCUUGAAGAAUGGGUGUAUGACUGUUAUGCAUCAGGUGAAGUGUAUAAACUGGUGGAUGACGAGGAUGUAGAUAAAAAGACACUCGACCGAAUGAUCAAAAUAGGGCUUUGGUGCAUUCAAAAGGAUCCAUCCCUCCGACCCUCGAUGAAGCAAGUAGUAUUGAUGCUUGAAGGGACUGUCAAAAUCCCGGUUCCUCCCAACCCUUAUUCAUUCCUGAGUGACGUCAAUUAGUUCUUUGAUUUAGAUUUUAGAAUACCCUUAUUCAUAACUGUGAA